GUCUUCGUCUAUAAAAUUACCGCUCCCCCGGCGGCGGCUAACCCUCUCAAAAACCCUAGCCUCCUCCUGCUCCCUCCUUCCUCCAUCUCCGGCGGCGGCAGCGACAAAUUUCCGACACCAUGAGGCCACCGGCACGAGGAGGACGCGGCGGGAGGGGUUUCGGCGGCAGGAGCGACGGCGGCGGCCGCGGGGGCAGGGGCUUCGGCGGCAGGAGCGAUGGCGGCGGCCGCGGGGGCAGGGGCGGCAGGGGAGGCAGGACGCCCAGGGGCCGUGGUGGUCGUGGCGGCGGUGGAAGGGGAGGGGCCGGCAUGAAGGGCGGCAGCAAGGUGGUCGUGGUGCCGCACAAGCACGACGGCGUCUUCAUCGCCAAGGCCAAGGAGGACGCGCUCUGCACCAAGAACAUGGUCGCCGGGGAGUCCGUCUACGGCGAGAAGCGCGUCUCCGUCCAGAACGAGGACGGCACCAAGGUUGAGUACAGGGUGUGGAACCCCUUCAGGUCAAAGCUGGCCGCCGCUGUUCUUGGUGGCGUCGACAACAUCUGGAUUGCUCCUGGUGCUCGUGUGCUGUAUCUUGGUGCUGCCUCUGGAACGACAGUGUCUCAUGUGUCUGAUAUUGUUGGACCGACUGGGUUGGUGUAUGCUGUGGAGUUCUCGCACCGCAGUGGCAGGGAUCUUGUCAACAUGGCCAAGAAGAGGACCAAUGUGAUUCCCAUCAUCGAGGAUGCUAGGCACCCUGCCAAGUACCGGAUGUUGGUCGGCAUGGUUGAUGUUAUCUUCUCUGAUGUUGCACAGCCUGACCAGGCUAGGAUCUUGGCCCUUAAUGCUUCAUACUUCUUGAAGAAUGGUGGUCACUUUGUCAUUUCAAUCAAGGCCAACUGUAUCGACUCCACCCAGGCCCCUGAGGCCGUGUUUGCCGCCGAAGUUGAGAAGCUGAAGCUUGAGCAGUUCAAGCCUUCGGAGCAGGUGACCCUGGAGCCCUUCGAGCGUGACCAUGCCUGCGUUGUCGGUGGCUACAGGAUGCCUAAGAAGCCCAAGGCGACUUGAAGGAAAUAGUUAAUACUUUGUUAUGAGGGUCUGUCGUUAAUUAGUACUAGGAACUUAGGUGUUGGUGAUAAGCUUAGACAAAGUUGGUUCUGUAGCUACUUGGUUUAUAUCUUGGUGAAUGGCUGAAUGAUUUUGCAUGCGUGUUGGCAAUUGUUGACUUGUUGCAGUGUUAUCCAUGAAACCAUUACUCGUCUCA